UUAAGCCAAAUAGGCUUGUUAGAGAUAAAUAGGCGUAGUAUCCUACAGGAUAUUUCUUUUAUUAUUAUUUAAUAUAUUUUGUAAUAUGUCUCUGAAUAUUCUUUAGAAUAUUCUGUACUUUCUUUAUUAUAAAUAACAUUGUCUACCUCACACACAAUUUGUCAAUUUGUAGUGAGAGUAUCCAAUCUUACAUGGUAUCAGAUUUUAGACUGAAACCCUAGUCUCCAAACCUACAUUGCCGCCACUUUCUUCUCUCCCUACUGUUUAUUUUCCAGUGCCGCUGUGCAGCUUUCUGCCACCUUCCUCUGAUUUCUACUCCGCCAAACCUUGUUUUCCGUGCGCUGCUCUCUCAUCGUCAGCCGCCAGCCGUCCGCUGUUGGGAUUCACGCCGGUUUGAAUUUCAUCACUUUUCUCUUCCAGCUUUGACUUUUGACCGCUUGCUUCUUUUCUGGAUCACCACCGUCAAUUGUUACUUUUAUUGGCUUCCUGGACAAUUGGUAUCUGCGCUGCACAAGCUUUAUUGGCUCCCUCUGGAUAACUUUCUUCCAAUUUUAUUUAUUUAUUAUUUCUGGCCAUUUUUCUCUUUGACCAGCGUUGAAGUUUUUUGGUCAUCUUUUAUUUAAGGCCUGAUUUGUUAUUACUCACCAUUGCCAUAUGUGAUUAGUUGGCAAUUUCCUCAUGGCUGAUAUUACUACUCCCACGAUGUCAUUUAACACUUUGGUGCAUAUGAUUACAGUGAAGCUCAAGCCAGAUAAUUUUCUUCUCUGGCGUAAACAGGUCACCGCUCUUCUUCAGAAUCAAAAUCUUUAUGACAUUGUUGAUCUUACAGUUGAUCCACCGCCGGAGUUUGUGCCACAGAUUGUUUCCCCUGGUUUGCGUAAUGUUGUUCCAGGUCCAAAUCCUUCUUGUGCUCAGUGGUAGGCUCGCGAUCGAAACGUCAAUAGUCUCCUUCUCUCAUCCCUGACUGAGGAAGCUUUAUCUGAGACUCUUAGUGCUAUCACUGCCCGGGAUGUUUGGCCUGCUCUACAUUCUACUUAUGCUUCACGCAGCAAGGCCCGUGAACUACGCCUUCGUGAUGAGCUCCAACUCAUGCGUCGUGGUUCCCUCUCCGUUUCUGAGUAUGGACAGAAAUUUCGCAAUAUUUGUGAUCAAUUGGCUGCUAUUGGUGCUCCUGUUGCUAAUGAUGACAAAGUUCACUGGUUUCCAGUUCGCUGGGAUCGUUCUUCUGAGUCUGCCAAUUUAGCUCAAUCAUUUGCUGCGGGUUGUUCGUUGGACAACUCAAACCGUUCCGACUGGUAUAUGGAUACAGGUGCCACCUCUCAUAUGACUCAUUCUCUAUCUCAACUGACGGACUCUCAGGACUACUCUGAACCGACAGACAGGCGCCGUUCUGGGAAGGGGCCGAUGUGAUAAAGGACUUUAUGUGCUUGACCAAGGAUCGCAGGCGCUGCUUACUACCAGUUCGCCAUUGCCUCAUGCCUCCUUUGAAUUGUGGCACUCACGUUUAGGACAUGUCAAUUUUGAAAUUAUUCAACAAUUGCAUAAACUUGGUUGUUUCAAUGUUUCAUCUAUUUUGCCUAAGCCUAUCUGUUGUACUUCUUGUCAGAUGACUAAG